CAGCUUUAAUAAAUAUUUAUUUAGCAAGCCAACAUGCUCAGAUAAGCAGUGAAAUAUGUCUACAUUUCGUGUGCCCUCUAGAAUUCAAAUUAAUAUAACAGAUCAAAGGGCACAACAAAUUCUAUUCAAAUCACUAAAACAUCCAUUGAAUGCCCCCACUGCAGCAAUCGUCGCCAGUACUAUGAGUGAAAGUCAAAUACCAAGCAAUUUGCCCGCUGCAGUGGUUAUCGAUAAUGGCUCUGGUGUGUGCAAGGCGGGCUUUUCAAAUGAGUCCACGCCAAGCGUAGUGUUUCCAAGCAUAGUGGGCAGACCGCGUCAUUUGAACGUUAUACUCGAGUCAGCCAUAUCGGAUAGUGUAAUUGGCGAGGCGGCGGCCAAAAUGCGAGGCAUACUAACGCUGAAAUAUCCCAUUGAGCAUGGCAUUGUAAACAACUGGCCGGACAUGGAGAAGAUAUGGAAGAGCACAUACGAACUGUUGCGUGUGGAGCCCGAUGCGCAUCCUGUGCUGCUCACUGAACCACCACUGAAUCCCAAAAAGAAUCGCGAAAAAAUGACGGAAAUUAUGUUUGAGAAUUUCCGCGUGCCCGCACUCUAUGUGGCUAUACAAGCGGUGCUAUCGCUAUAUGCCACUGGACGCACAAUUGGGAUUGUAGUAGACUCUGGCGAUGGCGUUACGCACACUGUGCCCAUCUAUGAAGGCUAUGCGCUGCCACAUUGCUGCAUGCGUUUGGAUCUAGCCGGACGGGAUUUGACGAAUUUUCUAUGCAAGCUGUUGAUGGAACGCGGUCAUACCUUGUCCACCAGUGCAGAGCGUGAAAUAGUGCGUGAUAUUAAGGAGAAACUCUGCUAUGUAGCCACUAACUAUGAGCAGGAGUCGGAGCUAGCGCAAGAGCGCAAAAGUGAAAUGGAUGAAACCUUUGAGUUGCCCGAUGGCCAGACAAUACAAGUGGGCAGCGAAAAGUUCAAGUGUCCCGAGGCGCUGUUCAAGCCCAGCCUAGUGGGUCAGGAGGUGUAUGGGCUGCAUGAAGCUAUCUAUCACUCCAUACUCAAGUGCGAUCUCGACCUACGCCGGGAUAUGUACGCCAACAUUGUGCUCUCCGGCGGCACAACUAUGUUCCGCAACAUUGAGCUGCGACUGCAUCAAGAUCUGGCAAUGAUGGCGCCUUCGAAUAUGCGCAUUAAGAUUACAGCUAAUGCGGAACGCUGCUUUGCUGUGUGGUCAGGUGGCGCUGUGCUUGCCUCGCUGUCCAGUUUCCAAAAUAUGUGGAUCGAUAGCGCGGAGUACGAUGAAGUGGGUCCCAGCAUAAUACAUCGCAAGUGCUUCUAAGCUGUCCGACUAACUUCCAUGCAAACGUUAACUUAAACUGUAAUUAUAUUUUUUAAAUAAAGUAAGCCAUAA